AUGUUCAAACACCUUCUUGUGUCAAAUAGAUUCUUGCAUAAAACCUCAUACAAGGGAGUCUUCUCUAAAUGUUCAUUAUCCCUCAAUGCUUCAUUCCAAAAGGCAAAUAUUAGUCGAUGUGUUAUCAAGCCAUUAACUCCAGACUAUGCAGAACAAGCAACCAUUCUCACAAGUUUAACCUUCUCACAGAGCGAACCAGUCAAUAAUGCUCUCGGUUAUUCACCAAUGGAUUUCUAUCCAUUUGCAAAGAGUUUGGUAAGCACUGCAUGUGAACAAGGAUUGGGAACAGUGGCUGUAGACAGAGACAGUGGUAUGGUAGUAGCCACAGUAUACAGUGAAGAUUUCGUGAAGGGUAUGCUAAGCGGUCCAAAUUAUGAUGUUAACAAGUAUAGAGUAAUUGAUGCAUUACUUGGACAAUUACUAGACAAGUACUUUUCCAAUCCUCCACAAGAAACUGGUUCUCUAUCCCACAACCUUCAAACACUCAUCACACCAGAACACGUAGGAAAGAUUGCUCAUGUCUGUAUUGCAGGAACCUAUGGUUUCUAUGCAUCCAAGGGAUUGAUGGUCCACUUGGCAGAAGCCCAUCUCGAGCAAUGUAAAUCACAAGGCUAUGAGCAAGCCUUUGUUGAGUGUUCGGGUGAAUAUUCGAGGAGAGUCUUUUACAAGUUGGGAUUUGCAACCAAGAGUAAAAUUAUCUAUGAUGAAUUUGAGAUGAAGGAUGAGAAUGGACAAGUUAUUAGGCCGUUCGCUGGUAAAAUUCCAAAGCCUCACAGUUCCAUCAAUAUGGUGUGGAAGUAUAAAUUAUAA